UAACCUUGGCCAGAACUAAGGAGCAAUGUCACAACAACUCUUCUACCGUGCGCUGGUGUCUGCAAAAUGGCUCUCAGAAGCUAUCAAGUCCCAGCAGUCUGGACUGGCUUUGAGAAUUGUGGAUGCAUCCUGGUAUUUGCCAAAGAUGAAGCGUGACCCAAAGCGGGAAUUCGAGGAACGACACAUACCUGGUGCAGUUUUCUUCGACAUUGACCAGUGCAGUGACCGUACUUCACCCUAUGAUCAUAUGCUGCCCAAGGCUAGUGACUUUGCUGAGUACGUGGGGAAGCUGGGUGUGGGGAAUGAUUCCCAUGUUGUAGUGUACGAUGGCAGUGACCAAGGACUCUUCUCUGCGCCCCGGGUGUGGUGGAUGUUUCGGACCUUUGGACAUGAAGCAGUUUCCCUUCUAGAUGGUGGCCUGAAGAACUGGCAGCGAGAGGGAAAUUCGCUGAGCUCUGGAAAGAGCCAGGUAGCUCCCUCUGAGUUCCAUGCCUCCCUGGACAAGUCCAUGGUGAAAAGCUAUGAGGACAUCAUAGAUAAUUUGGAUUCCCACCGCUUCCAGCUAGUGGACGCACGCUCUGCAGGACGGUUCCGGGGAAUAGAGCCGGAGCCCCGAGAUGGAAUUGAGCCUGGUCAUAUCCCUGGGUCCCUGAGCAUACCCUUCACCGAUUUCCUCACAGAAUCUGGCUUAGAGAAGACCCCUGAGCAGAUCCGCAGCCUGUUCCAGGAGAAGAAGGUGGACCUCUCUAAGCCGUUGGUAGCGACCUGUGGCUCUGGGGUGACGGCCUGCCAUAUUGCUCUGGGGGCGUACCUGUGCGGCAAACCCGAUGUCGCUGUGUACGAUGGCGCCUGGGUGGAAUGGUACAUGCGAGCACAGCCCGAAAAUGUCAUCUCUGAGGGAAAGGGGAAGACAGUGUAAUAAGUCGCUUCCUCUCCUAGGCUUGCAGAUAUUUUGCCUUGAAACAGGAUUUGGAAU